AUGGCCUUGUGGAUAACCAGUGAAAUGGGGGAGAUGAAGGGCAAGUUUUUGGUACAAACAAGUGCUGGUUUGACCCAAGCACCUGACUUUGUCAAAUGGACGACGACAGAAAGGAUUUCACUAAUGAACAAGCGAAUUGAGAAGUUAACAGGAUCACCCACAUGUCCCAAUCUCUUGACACUUCGUCUAGAUUUGAAUAGUGAUUUGCAGAUGAUAAGCAAUGGUUUUUUCCAAUUUAUGCCCAAUCUAAGAGUGUUGAGCUUAUCAAGAACCAAAAUAGUUGAGUUACCAUCAGAUAUUUCUAAUUUGGUUUCAUUGCAAUAUCUUGAUUUAUGUGGUACAGAGAUAAAGAAGUUGCCAAUUGAGAUGAAGAAUCUCGUACAAUUGAAGAUUUUGAUGUUGUGUUUAUCUAAAGUCUCUUCAAUUCCACGAGGACUAAUAUCAAGUCUUUUAAUGUUGCAAGCCGUUGGCAUGUACAAUUGUGGACUUUAUGGUCAAGCAGUUGAAGGAAGCGUUGAAUCAUAUGGUAUGGAGUCCUUGGUAGAGGAAUUGGAGAGUUUGAAAUACUUGACGCUUUUAACUGUCACCAUAGCAAGUGCCUCAGUGUUUAAGAGAUUUUUAAGUUCCAGAAAGUUACCGAGUUGCACUUAUGCAAUCUGCCUCAAGAUGUUCAAAGGUUCAAGCUCACUCAACCUAUCAUCUCUCGAAAAUAUGAAGCAUCUCUAUGGGCUUAUGAUGGAAGAUUUGGAUAGUUUGAGAGAGAUUAAGUUUGAUUGGGCAGGGAAAGGAAAGGAAACAGUGGGGUAUAGCAGUCUCAACCCGAAGGUCAAAUGCUUCCAUGGCCUUUGCAAAGUGGUCAUCAAUAGAUGCCAGAUGUUGAAGAAUUUGACAUGGCUUAUUUUUGCCCCAAACCUCCUAUAUCUUAAAAUAGGACAGUGUGAUGAAAUAGAAGAAUUGAUAGGUAAAGGUGCAGAGGAUGGAGGAAAUCUGAGCCCAUUCACAAAACUCAUACGACUGGAGUUAAAUGGUUUACCCCAACUGAAGAAUGUGUACCGGAAUCCCUUGCCCUUUCUUUACCUUGGCAGAAUUGAAGUAAUUGGGUGUCCCAAGCUGAAGAGGCUGCCACUCAACUCCAACAGUGCCAAUCAAGGUAGAGUUGUGAUGGAGAUGAUGCCACCAAGAAAAACAACAUCUUCCCAAAAUAGCCAGGCUAAUGAUGGUGUACUUCUUUCACUUGAGGGUUUGCCUCCCAUGAAUGCAGAAGGGCUUUAUAAGUAUCUCAGAACUUUCGUUGGUUUGGUUGAGUGUCAAGCUAGAGCUGCUGAGACUAAUGGUCAGGGACAAUCCUCAUCUUCUAGGAGUAGCUCCUUUGAUGACUUUAAGAAACUAGGUCCUUAUUUUUCUAACACUUCAAAUCCAACAGAAGUAGAGGCUUGGAUUCUUAAGAUGGAAAAAUUCUUUGAUGUCAUAGAUUACUCUGAGGAGCAAAAGGCCUCUUAUGCAGCAUUUAUGUUAGAGAAAGAAGCAGAUCCUUGGUGGCAUAUGACUAAGAGGCUUUUAGAGGAUUAA